AGAGAUGUCACGAUUACUUAGUCCACUCCUGUCGACUCGUGAGAAUGGCUUUCUUUGCAGCUUACUAAGUCAUGACUGCAGCAUAUUAGCAUGUGGUGUUGUCCAGCUGGUUAUCGCAGACCCUCCACAGAAAAAAGAGUGGAAAAGUCACAGUUUUGGAAUUGUAUGUCUGGUGCAAGACAAAACCUUGCAUUCAACAUUCAUGAGGCUCUAUUGUCUUAAGAAGGCCAAAUUGGUAUGGGAACAGGAGCUGUAUACACCAUUUGAGUACUCAGAGGCUUGUCCUUACUUCCACACCUUCCCUGGUGAUGAGUGUCGUACAGGACUGAACUUUGCUGAUGAGGAGGAGGCCAAGCAGUUCUACAUAGCUGUGCAGAAGCAGAUCAGUGACAACAAAGCAGCUCACUCAGUGCUUACACGCAGUCACAGUGUGGGGUCAGUUUCUGAAUGGAAAGACAAACUAGACAACUGUCUCAGAGGAUCUGCAAUGCACAAGAGGAAUACAUCCAAAAUGCUGCACCGUAGUGAUUCAAAGGCAACACUUCCAGAAAGCAGUCCCACAGUUGCUAGCACAAGCCAGUUUUUUGACUCACCACAAACUCCCUGCAGUGCUAAUGAAGACUCUAUCUCCCUCGCCCAAAGAAAGGGACCCCUCCCACCUAUUCCUCCUCAUGCCAGAGCAGGCAUGGUAAAGGUAAAUCACAGUGGUGGUGAGGAAAUCUCUGACUCCACCUUUCCUAUUCCAUCAUUGGUGCCAUCUCCUCCCUCCUACCCUGCACCAAAAGCACCACCAAGUUCAGCUGGAAUAAAGAAAAGUGCAAGCUUUGCACCUGUUAAAGAUGUCUCCCCAGCUGGAAUGAAGCGCUUUCAAAGUUUUUAUUUUAACGAGAGUAUUUAGCAGAGACUGUCCACUUCUAUUAAAAUGAAUGAGAGAAAUUGGAACACCCAAAGUUCAACAGAUGUAGAAAGGAAGUCCUGCAUUACAGGUAAAAGAGCCAAUCACCUUUUAGUUACAAACAUCGUCUGUCAGUCAACACAAGAUCGCACAUGGGCAUUAGCUAUACAAGCCGGGAAUUAUUUUUUUUUUUUUAGCGUAAUCUAAGGUAACAAAGCAAAAUUAAUGAUUCCAGUGUUGUCAUAUUUUACUGCUGAUUUUAAAUAUGUCCUUUGAUCUUAAUCUUGGCCAGCCCUUUUUGAGAUUUUGGUCUUGCCACAUUCAAGUAGAUAGGAGCUGCACUUUCAUGAUUGGAAAUAGCUGCCUGAGAGAAUUCCAAAGAUGACCGCCAGUGGACUGACUUGCUAAAAAGACUCUGGCUACACCUACACUGCUAGGUGUCAGUGCAGCAUAAAUAAAAUAUUACUGAGUGCACUGUUAAGUUCUACUGAUUACCCUAAUCUUAAAAAUGCUUCUGUAUUCACAGCUGACAAGGAGGAUGAGUCUGGCUUUGAUGAUUACCUUUAAAAAUACCAGUAAAACCACCUUCCCCUCCAUGACUGUGGCACUUUAUGACUCGACAACACAAGUCACCCAAAACUAAAUGUUACAAACUGAAAUAUGUAAUAUUGAAAUAAUGUAUUUUUCUUAACUAUAAACUGGAGUUCUGUUUUAAUAAUACGCAGGAACAUGUUUAUUUGCUUAUUUUAGCCAAUUACCUGAAAUUACAGCACAGGUGUGACCAAAGCUGAACAACAAUACAUGUAAUGUAGCUCCUCUUAGAACUUGGUAGUGCGAUACUGCAGAUAUUGUUGGCUUUUGUAUGACAAAUUGUUAUGUUCCUCAUUGUAAGUUGCUUUGGAUAAAAACGUCUGCUAAAUGACUAAAUGUAAAUGUCACUAAAGUAAUGUCUUGCUUCUCAAGGAAUGACGGAAUGAAUGGAAUCUAUCAGACUCCAUUUCUCACUUUUUUAGUUUGAAAUUGAUUUACUUUGCAGAACCUAUUAUGGAAUAAAAAUAAAUUACAAAUUUUACAGUGGCCCAAAAAAGUAUUUGGACACUUUAAAACCACCCUUAAAAAUGUAUGAAUAUCAUAGAAUUAGAUCCUUGGUUGAGAGUAGUUGCAAAAAUAAGCUCUAAGAAAAGCUCUAGAAUCAUUUCUUUGGAGAUGCCACUUGGUUUGAUUUUUAAGGUCAGCUUAAGUGUCCAAAUACUUUUUGGGGCCACUGUUUUGAUGUUAUGAUAGAAUCAAAACUAAUAAAAACAUAAUGUAUGGAUAUGUAUGCUACAACUACAAAGUCCAAAUACUUUUUGUCUUAAUUUUGAAGAUGUUUUGCUUUAAAAUUGACAACCUUACAAACUUCUUUUUGGUUAAAUAUUUUGCUUGA